AAUAUAUUUCAGAAGGCUUCGCACCAUCGCUUCCUACUUCCGUCCCUCGGAACCAGAGAAAACUAAAACUCUAGCAAAGUAAAGGGCAAGAAGUAGCACCAAAAAAUGGCGACCGGACCAAGGAUUCUCUCAAACAAAGAGGCCGACAUUCAGAUGAUGUUGGCUGCCGAAGUUCACCUCGGCACCAAAAACUGUGACUUCCAAAUGGAACGUUACGUCUUCAAGCGACGCAACGACGGAAUUUACAUCAUCAACCUUGGGAAAACAUGGGAAAAGCUUCAGAUGGCAGCCCGGGUAAUUGUUGCUAUCGAGAACCCUCAGGAUAUCAUCGUUCAAUCUGCAAGGCCAUAUGGUCAAAGGGCUGUCUUGAAGUUUGCCCAGUACACGGGGACUCAUGCAAUUGCUGGACGCCAUACUCCCGGAACAUUCACUAAUCAGCUUCAGACCUCGUUCAGUGAGCCACGUCUUUUGAUUCUUACUGAUCCAAGGACCGAUCACCAGCCAAUUAAGGAAGCAGCCCUUGGGAACAUCCCCACCAUUGCUUUUUGUGAUACUGAUUCCCCUAUGCGCUAUGUUGAUAUUGGUAUCCCUGCCAAUAACAAGGGGAAGCACAGCAUUGGUUGUUUGUUUUGGCUCUUAGCAAGGAUGGUUCUUCAAAUGCGUGGUGUCAUUGCUCCGGGACACAAGUGGGAUAUCAUGGUCGAUCUGUUUUUCUACAGAGACCCCGAGGAAGCCAAGGAAGAACAAGAAGAGGAAGUACCCGCUCUCCCAGAUUAUGGUGAUUAUACAGCCGGCGCACUUGCUGGCACAGAUUGGUCUAGUGGUCAGAUUCCCGAAGCUCAAUGGACUCCUGAGAUGACAAGUGCCAUUCCACCAGUUGCCAGUGGUUGGACUGCGGAUGCUGGAGUAACUGCUGAUGGAUGGGACUCGGCUGCCCCGCCACCAAUGGCAGCUCCUGGAGUUGAUAUAGUGCCACCGGCUCCUGCUGCUGCUCCAACUGGCUGGGAUUAGUUAAAGAACAUUUUUAUUAGAUUCACCCCUUGAAGAGCUUGGUUGUUUUAUGAAUAUUUAUGUUAUCGAUAAUGGCACAUCUUUUUUGUAGCAAUGCUUGAGUUUUAGAGAUGAUGAUGUCGGCAAUGGCAACAAAAGCAAUUUGUUUAAUUUAGUUGAUGAUGAAAUUUUUCCUUCA